AUGAAUUCUCCAUUACCAAGAGCUCCGCCUUCUUCUCUACCUCAUCCUUUCUCCUUUCAAUUUCCUCCAUCGACUUUUAAUUUCACUUCUCUUUUGCUCAUUCCCCCAAAACCAUCCCACUUUAUCAUUUCUGCAACAACAAACCAAACAAUCACACCAUCACCAUAUUCUCUCAAACUUAAUUCUCAUUUGAUAAGCAAAGAUGGGUUCCUCCCAAAUGAGCGAUACAGAAGCAAAAGUGUCAAAGAUUUGGCAGGUAGCAUCAAAGAUGGAAACAUUGAAACCCUAGCCGAGUUUAAUCAUCUGUUUAAGAGUUUGGUUUUGGCAGACGAGGUGGAUCUUGCGUAUAAAUUGUACUCUACCUUAUCGAAUUAUGACUUCUCUGCAGAUAGUUUGACUUUUUCGAUUCUUGUUCAUUGUUGCUGCAAGAGAAAUGACCCAAUGGAAGCUAAAAAAGUUUUGGAACAUAUGAUUGAAAGUGGGUUUGAAUCCCCUAAAGUCAAAACCUUUACUCAACUUAUCAAUUUACUUUGCAAAAAGGGAAAGUUAAAGCAGGCAUUUGAAGUGUUUGAGAUCAUGGGUAAGGUGAAAUGCGAUCCCACAAUCAACACAUACAAUUGUUUGUUGAAAGGGCUGUGUUAUGUGGGUAAAGUUGAAGAAGCUAAUGAAUUGCUAUCAAAAAUCAAGAAAUCUUGGAAAGAACAGAGAGAUGGGCGUUUGCAGCCCGAUGUUUAUACUUACACCGCAGUUAUGGAUGGAUUUUGCAAAGUGGGAAGAUCAGAUGAAGCUUUAGAAUUGCUUAAUGAAGCAAUUGAGAUGGGAUUAACCCCAAGUAUAGUGACUUAUAAUACCAUAUUCAAUGGUUACUUUAAGGAAGGUAGACCAAUGGAGGGUUUUGGUUUACUGAAGCAAAUGAAAGAGAGAAAUUGCACUCCAGACUAUGUUAGUUACAGCACCUUAUUACAUGGACUGUUACAAUGGGGAGAGAUUAAAGCAGCUGUUAGGGUUUACAAAGAGAUGUUAGACACAGGAUUCAACGUCGAUGAGAGAAUGAUGAACACAUUGUUAAGAGGAAUAUGCAGGAGGUCGAGGAAGGAAAAAGAGUUAUUGGAAGAUGCCUACCAAGUGUUUGAUGAAAUGUCUAAAAGAGGUUGUGAUAUCGACCCUUGUGCUUAUGAGCUAGUGAUUGAAGCUUUUUGCAAUGGAAAUGAAAUGGACAAGGCUUUUGUGAAUUUGUGUGAAAUGAUAAAGAUGGAGUUGUCUCCAAGAACAUUCACUUUGAACAUAGUUGUUAGAGGACUCUGUGUUGAGGAGAAGAUUGAAAAAGCAAUGUUAGUUUUGGUUUUAGCGUGUAGAAGAACAAGUGAAAUGUUUGAUAAAGUCGCUUUUGAUGUCUUAAUUAAUGAGACGAAUCGACAAGGCAUGGUUAAGACUGCUAGUUGUGUGUACUGUGUUGCACUGAAAAACGGAGUAAUCCCAUCAAGGAAGCCUAGGCGAUGA